UGAGACCUCCUCCCAAUAGACGAUCUGUGCUCUGCCCUCCGCUCCGUUAGCUGCCGCUGUUGCGGGAUCGGUUCACGCAGCUCAGCUGAAGCAGGAACACGGGACGGUUCGUGGUCCGGUUGUAGAACCCUCAGCCGUUUGGAGCAGCGGGAAGGGGAAUCCUCACGGCCAGCGGCGGCUGCUGGACACCUCAGAGGUCGGAUCGACCCGCGCAGGCGGAUCCCCGACGAAGCAGGAGGGUCACUUUGACCCGCGGGAAGAUGGAGACCCCAGUUUAGGAGCCAAGUACAGAGAGUUGAGUUCUGAAACAUCCGGAACAAUGUUGAGUUUCUCAGCUAACAGGCGCAUCGCCACCUGCCUGCUGGUCAACCUCCUGUCCUCCAUCUGCAUCGUCUUCAUCAACAAAUGGAUCUAUGUGCACUAUGGCUUCCCUAACAUGACGCUAACGCUCGUCCACUUCUUGGUCACCUGGCUGGGACUCUUCAUCUGCCAAAAAAUGGACAUUUUCUCCCCCAAAAGCCUCCCAGUACGUAGGAUUGUGUGGUUGGCCCUCAGCUUCUGCGGAUUCGUGGCCUUCACCAACCUGUCACUGCAGAAUAACUCCAUAGGAACUUACCAGCUGGCCAAGGCCAUGACCACGCCGGUCAUCAUCCUCAUCCAGACCACCUACUACAAGAAGAGCUUCUCCACCAAGAUCAAAUUCACGCUGGUACCCAUAACUCUGGGGGUGAUUUUGAACUCCUACUACGAUGUGCGGUUCAACCUGCUGGGGACGGUGUUCGCCACGCUGGGCGUUCUGGUGACCUCCCUUUACCAAGUGUGGGUGGGGGCCAAACAGCACGAGCUUCAGGUGAACUCCAUGCAGCUCCUGUACUAUCAGGCUCCACUGUCGUCGGGCUUCCUGCUCGCCAUCAUUCCUCUGUUCGAGCCACUGACCGGAGACGGAGGAAUUUUUGGACCGUGGUCUCUGCCCGCUCUGCUGACGGUGCUGUUCUCAGGUGUGGUGGCGUUCCUGGUCAACCUGUCCAUCUACUGGAUCAUAGGAAACACCUCGGCGGUCACCUACAACAUGUUUGGCCAUUUCAAGUUCUGCAUCACUCUGGUUGGAGGAUACCUGCUCUUCCACGACCCGCUGUCCCUCAACCAGGCGUUGGGGAUCCUCUGCACGCUGGCGGGGAUCCUGUCCUACACCCACUUCAAGCUGGCCGAGCAGGAGGAGGGGAAGAGCCGGCUGGCUCAGAGGCCGUAGGAUCCAUCGCCGGAGACCGACCGCGCAGCCGUUCAGUGACUUCUGCACAGACUUUUUAUAAGAUUUUUACCUUUUUUUACUUCAAGAGUCUUUUAGACGAAGGAAAGUGUCAUCAAGCUGACAGCUGGGCUGGAGUUUUAGAGUUUUCAGGAGGAGAAGGUUCAGUUUGCUGAAGUUCAGGAGCACUUGUCUCUGCAGGAAAAAAUGAUCUUAGUGAGCCAAAAGAACAAAUGUGUAAACAUCCCAUUUCUGUCUUAAAAUGUCUAAAUCAGAUCUGCUGUAGUGAUAAAUGUUUAAACAAAACCAUUAAACUCAAUGAUUACUCAGAAUGUUGAGAUGAGCAACAUCUGGAUUGUUUAGAGGACAUGAUUUAUAAAAAAAUAAAACAUAAAUCAGUGGCUUUCUAUAAAAUCAUCCAAUAUUUUCAAGUUUUUCUUUUCAAAUAAAAAGUCUAAAUGUGUUUUAUUUGAACAUUUUAAUAAACGAUUAAAGGGAAUCUUGGCCUCAUUUUAAAAGGUUCUGGUUUUUAAAUUAAGAAAAACAAAAACUCAAAGAUGAAAUGAUGAUUUAUUCUUUUAAUCUUUUUUAAAAAUAUGACUGAAAGCUUCCAAAGUUUCUCUAAAGUGACUCAGUAAUGAAAAAUGUAUUUUUUUUUCCUACAAUAGUCCAAUUUUUCAUUGCUGCCUAUUUGUAUUUCCUCAUUUUUUUAUUCUUUUGUUUGAGUUGUUUUAAUGUUUUCAUUUAUUCUGAUCAGUUUUCACAACUAGAUCAGUUAUUUUAGUUGAAGCAAAACCUUAAGAUUAGGUCUAUUUUAUUCCUCAAUACCCGGAGACGGUUCUCAGUUCGCUCCAUCUGGGAUUGUUUAGGAUGUUAUUGUUUACAAAAUGUAAAGCUGAUAAAUAAACUGCUGAAAAAUGUA